UCCACUCGUCUGUAUAAUAGGUUUUCCUACCAACUGCCUCAACAUGGCCGUCUUCUACAAACUGGGGCUAAGGGAGAGAAUCAACACAUGUCUCUUUAUUCUCUCGUUUGUAGACCUACUUUAUCUUGCGUUCGCUUGUCUGCUUUAUGGAGAACGCGCGUUUGCAUUGUCUCCCUCUCAUCCACGGUACGGUUCCACCUUUCGUUUUGCUGUUGAAAACCACUUUUACGGGUUAUAUGGAGUCGCCUGGGCAACAGCCUUCGUCUCUGUCGUCAUUGCAAGUGAGCGAUGUUUCUGCAUCUACUUUCCUCUCCGAGCACAGAAUUUUAUCAAGACUAAGACGAUGGCCAUCUUCCUAGCGUUGUCCUGUAUUUUCAUUACUUUAGGAUUUUACGUGGUUAGUGAGAAAUACAACAUGAUUUGCGUCUAUGACGUGGAACGUAACGUGACUUUCUGGCAACUGAUAACGACAACGUCUUAUUACGUCCAACAUCGGAACCUGGUCGACAUCUUUGACAGCACUGUCUACGGGUUUUGCCUUCCAGCCAUCUUUAAUGUCACCGUUGCAGCUUGUUCUGUGGCGAUGAUCCUGAAGUUAAAGAAAACUCUAUCUUGGAGAGAUAAGGCAUCGUCGGCCAUGUCCACCAAGGAAGCCCUGCUGACGAAAAUGUUGGUCUGUCUAUCCAUCCAGUACAAUAUUUUCUCGUCGCCGAACUUUUGUAUCCGAUCGGCUGGAAUGUUUGAAUCAGGUCUGAGCGGCUCUGGGAAAUAUUUCAACACGUUCAUGUUGAUGGUCAGUGUUGUUGAGAUCUGUUCCUUUCUGAACUCAUCGAUUCCUUUUUUUGUGUAUUAUUUUGUUGGAUCGAAGUAUCGAGAAACCUUACAAGGCCUGUUUAAAUCCAGGCGAGAAAUUUCAAGAAAAACUACCUUAUAUAGCACGAAUUCAUUAGGAUGACAACAUUUUUUUGUAGGGGAAGCAGAGAUUUCAAGAGUUGAAUUACAGAUUAAAGCCUAAUAGGUUUAUUUCAUGACAUAAAAUGCGAUGUGGAAUGUAAAAAAAACAAAACAUUUACACGAAUAGCAUUAAUCAUACAUAGCGCACAAAGAAGUGUGUGUUUGUGGCAGGCUGAGAGAGAGAAAGGAAGAGAAGAGAGAAAAAUGGGAAGGAGAGAGGAUAGAGUGAUUUUUUCCAAAUUUUCCUAAUUUUUCCUGAUUUCUUCGAGUGGCUCAAAUGUAGAUGGUAACUUUUAACGUGAAAAGUACCUAACAUUACUACGUCUUGUAAUUAGAUACCAGUCUUUUGAAAAACUAUGAUUAGACAUUUUCUCUUUUUUAAGUAAAUAAAGGUAAAGAUCUUUC